AUGGAGUCUAAGCUCGGAUCAAAGUGUAUUCCAUCGGAUCGGAUCUCGAAAAAAAUCUGCUUUAUCAUGAACAAUAUAACGGAGACAAAUCUGAAGCGUCAAGUGGACGAAGUAACUUCAAUCGUACCGCAUCAUUUAACCCGGUGGUUGGCCGAGUCGUUGUUAAGACGUGUGGUUUCUGAACCGAACUUGCACGAGUUAUAUGCCGAAUUUGUCACGCAGAUUGCAGCGCACUAUCCGAAUUUUGAGACAUUCACAUUGGAAUUACUCACCAAAGAGAUUGACCGCAUACUGAAAUUGCCUGUGAUCGAUCCGUAUCAUGGGAAGACAUUAAAACAUUUGGGCGCAUUUCUGGGUCGUUUGACCAUUGCUCGUGACAUUCCGUUGUGUGUGGAUAUCAAAUCUUUAAUUUUUACCGCGUUCAAAAACAAACCAGACUCGUUGGAUUAUAUUAUUCCUUUUAUUUCGCAGAUUUUGAAAAAUACCAAGUACAGCUACUCCAUAAAGCCAUCGGAUCCGUGGGUAAAAGAGAUUCUACAGGUCGUGAAAGAACUGCAUCAUAUCACAACUAAGUUACCGAUCCAAUUUGAAGUCGAACUGUUAUUCGCCUCGCUUGACUGCAACAUGAAUGAGUUGAAUUCGGCAUACUAUUUGCGGCAUGCCAAAUGA